AUGGACCACUCAAUGCAUCAUGCCGGGAUGGAUGGCCAUGGAGAUAUGGACAUGGGUGGUCAAUGUAGCAUGAAUAUGCACUUCACCUUCUCCUCACACAACCUGUGGCCAUUCUCCUUUAUCUUCUCACUUGUUGCCAUUGUGGUCCUGGCCGCUGGCUACGAGGGUAUUCGCGCGAUGGCACGCCGUUAUGAAGCGCGACAUGCAUUGGCGUUGAAGGAUAGCCCCAUACCAGCUGCCGGAGGAUACUCAUCUGAUGUCGAGACGCCAGAUGUUAUCAAUGACAGUGACAACGCGCUGCCCACUCCCAAUGCCCCCCUCCUUUCCAACAACAACACCACCACCAACGGUGAAACAGCUGGCUCACUGCUCUUCGCAGCGCGGAUCGAGAGGAGGCGGAGGGGCAAGCUACUGCUUGCGACCUUCUACGCUGUGCAGGUCUUUUAUAGUUUUAUGAUUAUGUGA